UAGAAACUUUUAGGUUACGGCCUACCAAGUCUGUGUUAUUUCAACAACUUACUAGUAAACUUUCUUAAAGGAUUAUUUGCAAUUAUUUAUGUAAUAUUACGAUCAUUUCUUUGUCUUUAUGAUUCAAAACCUGUGAGAUGAAACGUGAGAGUAUAUUGAUUGAAAUUUACAUGGCCAAGUUACAUAUUUGCGAAAAAAUACAUUUUUCCCGGCGACAUGACAUGUGCAUUGUGAUUGCGUAUUGCGUACGGCGUAUGAGGUAACCUUAUGAAGGGAAUAAUUAGAGACGGAACACUAAAUACAUUGUUGGGAUAAGGUCAUUAAGUAAAUUUAAAAUGACUAUUUAUUGAAAUCAAAAUGAAUCCCAACUUAUUUCGUGUUCAAUUGAAACAGCGUACGAGUGCUGACGAACGUCGAGUCAGGCGUGAAGACAAAGUAUAGGCAUAAAGCCGAACGAAGUUCUCGGCUGCCUCCGGCUGCGUGAGGAAAUAGAACUCCUUUGGCCACAUAUUAGCAGAAUAAAGAAAGAACACAAUGGACAUCAUAUUAUUGAAGCGUCUUAGAACAUUUGCCAAUAGUAUAAAAGAGCAUCAAGCGAAAGCAUCAGAGCUAUGUGCGUGUCGUCCAUGGGAAGGUAAUGAAGUGGAACAAGCCGCUAUCAUUGCCUCCAAGUUACAGUCAACGCUGGGGAAAUUUCAGAGUGAUCUCUAUCAGUAUUUUAAUACAAGCACUGAUCCGAACCCUGAUGAGGUCUCGACCUUAACAGAGAUACAAUUACAAGGCGAGGAAAUUUUAGCUGAACUUAAUGCCAGAAUACAGAUUAUUGACGCUCAUUACUCCUCCCUAUACAAAGUUAAGAAAGCGAUGAAGCCUCAAGAUUGCAGGAAAACAUUAGAUGAAUUAGAAAGACACCUUAGAGUAUUGCAAUCCCUAGGAGAAGACACUAAUAAGAAUAACUUAAGGUUCCUUUUCAUGGAAAAAUUUCCUGAAGAUGUGAUUUAUGAGUUGAAACUGAAGUUGAAAACUGAAUCCACAGAAGAGAUAAGGAAACAGUUAAACGCUAUCAUAACGGCAAAGGAGGAUGUUGACAGAAUUAAUGCAGAGGACAAAAAUAUAGAACCUACCUUCACCACUGAAACGUUACACGUGAAAAUUAAUAAAGUUAAGGAUAAUAAUAAACAUUUGAAGAAAUUCACUGGUGAAAGGAAAUUUAAAAAUGAAUAUAAUAUGAAACCUAAAGGGAAACCCAUCAAAACCGAACCGGGUACUUCAACAUUUUCUAGCGUAGACAGAAGGAAGAGACCGUAUGAAGCCAAUAACGAAUCAAGAAAUCAAUAUCCACCUAAAAAGCGAGACAGGAAGGACUGUAUAUUUUGUCACGGUGAUCAUUUCAAUGAUAGUUGUCCGCGCUUUACAACUUUAGCUGAGAGAAAAGGCAAGUUAUCUGACCGCUGCUUCAUAUGUUUUAAAUAUGGUCACAGACAAAACACCUGCAGAACAACACAUGUCUGCCAUUAUUGUGGGGCAAGAAACCGACAUAACAGAGCAUUAUGCCCUGACAAAGAACUGCAAAAUACCACGACUACGUCUACUUAA